CGACGACGCCUGUUUCUUUAGUGGUACGAGUUUGAAAACUCUCUUCUUUCCAUCUUUAUAUUUAUACAGUUCUCCUGUGCAGUCACCGACAGCAGCACGAGAGAUACUGGUUUACAUUUACAGAGACGGCGAGAGGAGAGAAAAGAAGAGAAGAGGAUAGUACUGAUCAGAUCAUUCAACAUGCCCGUUCACGUUGCCAAAGGCGCCAUAAUCGCCAUCUCCGUUAUUGCCGCCACCGCCGUCGCCGUCUACGAAUCCCCCGAGGUGCGCCAGUUUAUUCUCAACCUCCGUCGACAAGCGGCACAUACCCUACACAACCUCGGCGACAAUAUCGAGCCUAGAGAGCGCCGCGAGGAGGAAUACAAUCAACAGCCUCUAUUCAAUAGACCCGAGGAUGCAGAGGGCGUGGUAGAAAGAGACGGCGUUGACGCCGACGAUGCGAGCAGGAAGAGACAGAUGGAGGAGCUGGCGUAUUGGAACAGGCUGAGGGAAGAAAAAGAAAAAGAAAGGGAACAGAACCCACCGGCCGAAGGGCAGAGGAAACGCACACGCUCAUCGAGCUUCGGUGACUUCCUCGCGCAGGAUGGCGACCAGGGAACCUACGUCCUUCGCAGUGGAGCGGAGCCUGUAGCAGCAGAGAACCUUGUGCACCGUCAUGCUGGAAGAGGCAUCGAUCGCGGCGCCAUGUUUGCCAACCCCUUUGGUGACGAGCACGGUAUUGAGCUCAGCUCGCGCGAGGCAGGGUGGGGGUCGCAGAUUGAUCAGUCGCAGACCCUGAUGACGCCUGGGAAGGACGAAGUGAUGUCCGUGGCCGAUAGUGAUGGGCUGUACUGCGCGUCUGACAAUGUGAUCCGUCGACCUGCUGGGAUUACUGGGGCUUCCGCGCUAUUUACUGCGCCCGUGCCGUUCCAGGUAGGCGAGAGGCCUGUUGGGAUAGUCGAGACGCCAUCGCUAUUCAGCGCGCCUACACCUUCGAUGAACCAAGAGCUACUCAUCGACGCGUCUGAGUCUAAUGAUGCAGCGCCAGUGGUCUCUGAACGGGCAGUACCCGACGAAGCCGAAGAGACACAAUAUGCGACAUCUGCCUCGCGCAUGCACGCGGAUGGCGAGACCGACGCGUAUGCUGCCAUCCACGCUUGGGCUGACGGUGCAAACAGCACGGCAGGCUUCUACUCGCCGCUCCCGGCCACACCGCAAGUGAUCUCCGAGGCGUCAGAUGGUGGAUUUGGGAGCGACGCCGCAUCAUCGAAUGGUGCUGCGACGCCGAAGACGUCGGAUUCCGUGUCUCUCGUCGGAGGGGAGAGUGGGAGCGAAGGCAGGAAUACGCCAGGGAGUUGGACGGAGGUCGGGAGUGUCGUUAGUAGCAUCGAGGGAAGGGUUGUAUAACUUCUUAAUUAUGAAUAGGAAUCGGAAUUAGUGUAGGCGUAAGGAAUCAUUUCUUCUAUAAGGGAAACUAUAGUCUAG